AUGAUCAAAGGAGAAUUUGCUUUGAAAGAAGAGCUCAGAGGAUUAGAGGAGAAGAUGUUCGAAAAAAUGGACGCUGAGCAUCAGGUAUUCUAUGGUAUUUGAUAUUUACGAUCGGUGGCUGCAUGCCAUCUCCUCUUAUUCAUUAAUUAAGCUGCAAAUUGUAACAUUUGCAGCUCAUUGAAUGGAGGAGAGAUUUCGGUUACUCCGAUAUUAUUCUAAAACAAAGCUUUAGUCUCUAAGGAAAUCUUUUGUUUUCUUUAUUCAAGAACUGUAUUCAAGGGGCUGUGAACGAUGAAAUUAAGUUGCGAUUACGAAGAUAUAUACCUUUUUACUAUCAACCGACAGUCUCACCUUUGCCUAUCCUCUUUGAAGACUUUCACCCCUUCCCCCUCAUUUUUGUGGAGUUUCUGCACUUUUGUUAUACAUGCAUUCAGAGUAAUUGUUGAAGGGGUUUUUGCUGACAUGGUGCUGAUUGUUUUCAUGAAAUCUACUUAUUAUGCGUCAGAAUUAUUAGGAAAAAUCUGAUUGGUUUAGAGCAUUCAAUCAAUAUACAAUGGCAUGUGAAGUUGACAUUAUUUAACAAUUAUUCCAUGAACCCUCAUUGGGUAUGAGGUGAUAGAUAGUUAACAAGGCCUAUAUAGAGCCCAGUUGGCUAUAAUCAUCUCAUAUCCAACAAGUGCAAGUGGAAUGAUUGUUUUACUAAAAAUGCCCAAAAAUAUAGAUAAAUCUUCACAACAUUAUUUUUUAAUGACAAAUAGAAUGCUACAAUAUACAAAAUCACUUUUGGUUUAACUUGUCUAAUGAAGGUGCACAGUAUAAUGGCUCAUAACCUAUGAUAGUUAAGCCAAUGAAAGCUCUUGAAUUGCAUUAUCCAAUGAUCCAGCUUUUAACAAAACCCAAUAUCUGCAGCAGAUAUUGCAUUUAUCAUGUAGAGUUUAAAGUCUGCAUGGUUUUCAAGUCCCUUGUCCAUGUAGUGUUCUCAAACUUUUGGAAACUCAGAGAAACCUUAAAUGGCUGAAUGUCAUGCAUAAUGAAACAAAUAUUGAGAUCUGUUUUGGCAUGAUAUCAUGACUUAUCAAACAACAAGUCUGUUUUACCUCAGACCUCAGUUUUGAUAAGUCAUGAUAUCAUGCCCAACCUCACUCAAUAAUAUUACUUAAUAUAAACUUGAGAAUAAAAUAUGAUAUUUAAUGAACUUAAAACCUAAUUAUAAAAUCAAGUUAUCUUUUGAUAGAGCUUAAAACAGUCAGGUGGAGGUAGCCUUUCUCUCGAAGCUUCACGUCACCGUCUCAUAGAGUAUGUGGAACUUUUAAAACAAGGUAAUGAAAAACACUACUGUAUAUGGUUUAAGCCUUAGAGUUACAGGUGAUCAUGUAAUUUGAUGUCUGUGUGUGAGUAGUCUGGAAAUGGACCAUUGUUGGUUGGAGUGAAUGAUGUUCUGAUCAUUCAUGAUCAGACUCAGGUGAGGAGUUGUUUGUCAGUUGAAUUAAAGUUUUGGUCGGCUUUGAAGUGAUGUUAUUGGCUUUAACAUUCAAGUAGUGUAAGUCAGCUGAGAUAAGUCAGUUUAUCUGAAUUCUUCUUAACUCAAUUUUACCAGCAAAUUUCUGGGAGAUUCAAAAGAUGUCAAAGCCCAGAAAUUACUACUUAAUAUCACCUUGCACAGGAAAAUCCUUAUUUUUGUUUACUUUCAACACACUAAACUAAAACUGGGAUCUUAAAACUAGUUUCAUCUAUGAGAACCUCCUCAGGUGAUACCAAAAAAUUGAAGUAGACCCAAGCAUGAAGAAUAUGUGUGCUGCUUGAAUAUUUAAGCCAAUAAUAUCAUAGCAAAACUAAUGAAUCGGUUUUCAGAGUUCUUGAUAACAAUUGAAUGACAUAUAACUCCUCACUUAACUAUAAUGAUGACAUCCACCAAGGUUCUUGUAACACCAGCCACCACUACUGACAAUAAUAGUCUGAUUAGGACUUAAAUCUUGUCCAAACAAGCAGAAUGCACAACCCAAAAGCUGAAGAAAUUUUCCGUAUAUGUGUUAACAUGUUCAAUGAUUAUGCAGCCUGAAUUGGAAAGAGUGCUUUAACCCUUAAACUCCCAAGAUCUCAUUGUUAAUUCUCCCCUCUAGCUGCUACGCAUUUCCUUGUAAGUUAGUUAUGAGAAUUUGGUGUCAAAUCAUGAAAACUUAUUCCUGAUAAGGUUGAGUAUUCUCAUUACCUGUUAAUCACUUCAGGGAGUCAGAGGGUCAAGAUGAGGCCUCAGCUAGAUUAUCACACUUGCUAUGGCUUGUAAGAGUUAAUGAUGGAAUAAUCAUAGUCUAAACUUUUUUGCUAUGUUUCAUUUUUUACCAGUGUUUUACUUUAUUUCAGCAACUUUUAUGAACCUUGACAUAAAGGAGUGGGUAAUUGAAAAUGACCUUCUUGUGAAUCGCUUAAAAGUGAGUAUUUCUUAUUGUGGUAUAUAUUAUCAUUUGACAAAAUUCGCUCAGCUCACUUUGCAGGGAGGUUCCAAUUUUGUAAAAAGUGCUAGAGAAUUGGUCUCUUGUGUAUGCAACUUGCAGGAAGGUUUGUAACACUAUGUAAUGGUUCAAACUUUGUUGGAUAAAAGCUGUGUUUAAUUAAACAUUUGAUUGGUCAGUGUUGCUUUUCAUCUCAUUGAAUCAAAAAGGAGGAUGGCAGUAAAGCAUCAGUUCAGAAUGUUCUGGAGAGUUUCACCUCUCUGUUGGAAAGAGUCCAAGGUGAGUAUUUUCCAACUAGUCUAUGUUUGUAUUAGCUAAGAUAUGAGAGGUUUAAAUUUAUCAAGAUCUGAUUUAUUACUGCAACAAAACAUCACUUUUUUUAUUCUGUUGAAAGGUAUUCCCAUUUCAUAAGAUUUCCCAAGUUAUUUCCCUAUUAUGAGCUUGAUGGGUUCAUUUUUCCAAUGGUAACACAGAUUUAUUCUUCAUCUGUUACUGAGUCCUGGAGGAUGCAAUGGUCAAAUGGUGAGGUGGACUCUGGAGCCAUAGUGUAGAUUCAAGCCCCAAUUCACCUGCCUUGUGUUGUGAAAGACAUUAUUUUGAAGUACUGAAAAUUUCAGUGUCUCUCCACCCAAGAAUGGAUUGCCCUAUUAUUGAGCCAUGCUGAACAUUUUGUGACUGAAUUUCCCCUUUUUGUAGUAAUUUGUACUACAACUGCGUUUAUUACUAAAAUCUGAAAGAUGUCAAUGGGCUAUGCAGCAAUUUCCUUCUUACUGUAAUCAAUCAUUCUCCAUUCCCCAUUCCCCAUUCCUUCAUACAGAAAAAAAGGGCAAACUAGUCCAAAUGCUGGCUGUUAAUCACAGACUUAUCCUACAACAAGUAAAACUAUUUUUACCUUUUUAUAGGCCUUCCACCCAAUACGGCAUUCAUUUGCUAUGAACAAGCAGUUGUGUAUAAUUUGUGCCACUUGCUGUUACAAGGCCAGAUGAAUGUGAGCAUUGGAGGUAUUCACAAAAGUGCUGCCAUACUCCACCAAAGCAUCUGUAGAGGUAUGUUCACAUACCAGAAUGUACAGUAUUUUGCAAACUCAAAAAUAUGUAUUUUGUUAUUCUACACCUGCAGAAUUAACACCUUGUGAGAUCAAUUGAAUUUCUGUCUCUUUUCAGGGGUUAAACAAGUUUGAAUUUUAUAUGCUUAUAACUUCAAAGCUAAUUUUUUUCUUGAUCCCAUCCUUCCUCCAUAAUCUCUUCCUUUACUUUUUGUUGCACCAACCAGAUUUGGUUCAUAUUUGUUUCUUCAACAUGUGCAGCACUUGCAGCAUUCAGAAUAGAACCUUGUCACCAAGGAGAAGAGGACUUAAGCAACAUACACCUUUUUGGUCCAGCAGACAUUGAGUGUACUAUAAACACACUUCUACCAGCAUUGUUUAAGGAAUUGAUCAACAGAUCUAUUGGGUGUGGCCCCUUUGUGCUGAGUUGCUGCCUUUUAGCAUUUCAGUGGCUAAUUGAUGAGAAAGGUGAGUAUUCUUUGAUAAUCAGUUGAUCCAUCUGUGCUUAGCUGUGCCUGUGUUAUCUGUUUGUUUGCCUCUUUAACUUUGAGACUCAGUCAGUCAGUGUCUCUAACUAUAUAUGUAUGUCUACCUGUAGGUCUUUCUGCCUGAUGGUUUGUUUGUCUGUCUGUCUGAAAACCUCUGCAACCAUAACUUAAAAAUUUUAUCAUUCGAUAUUUUUUUUUUUUUUUAAAUGAGAUUAGGAAAAUCAUUUUGAAAAUUUUAUGAUACACCAAACAAAUGCAGUGACAGUUUUAAGAGAAAGCUAAUGGGUAAAAGAAUUUCAAACUAGCAUGAAUCAUUUCUCUGUCAGUGAGGGAAAUUCAAGGCCUAUUUGAUACCUUUUUCCUUUAGUGAACCAGGCUGUAAAACUUCUUUACCUGAUGCAAAGUCAGUUGAAACUUGUGGAUUUAAACAUGAAUUUUACUGAUGAGGUUUGUAACAGCAUUCAAUUUGGCAAACAUUUUAUAAAAGCUCAUGUUGAUCACUUAGAUGUACUCUGUUAUGAACUUAAAUAAAUUAAUCAUCAUUUUAUGUUGUAUCUAAGGUAUCUGAGAUUCCUCCACAUUGUUUACAGAAUGAAAUGACCAAAAGUAAUAAUGCCUAUAACCUUUACUUAAUAUGCAGUGGAGAAUUAAAACUUCCUUUCUCCAUUUUCUGUCAAAAGGGGAACCAAAAUUUAUACAUAGGUACUGUUAAAGUAUAUAAGCAUGAAAGAGGCAAAAACAUUUUGCAGCAUUUUAAUAAAGUUACUAUAUAAAUAUUUUGUCUAACAAUUUUGAAUCAAAUCUUGUUUUGAAGCAUAUCUGGCCUAUCUAUGAAUUGAAGUUGCUAAGAAACUAAAGUUAUAAAAAUUGUUUUUAAGUUUACCACUUUUUUUCUGCACACUUGGGAUGACAACUUCACUAUUGCCUUUCCCUUGAACACCAUAAUCUCCUCUAAUGCCACCAAAUAAACUGAGAUGAUUUAAAUGUUACAGAAGAAAAAAUUGGGUAGAAUAGACACUGUCUAGUUCUUACUUAUUUUAAAUUUGUUAUCUGUUUGAUUGAUCAUUAGGUACCUGCUGAUCGGCUUCCUGUAUGCCUCUUCAGUUUAGAAUACAGCUCAUCAAUUUCUAAUAGUAUAAUCACUUCCUCCACCCUCUCAGCCAAAGACUUGACAGGCAAGAUAGCAUAUUCAGAUUCCUAUAGUUGUUAUUUUAGUUACUGUUUUGGCUAGUAAUAAUUAUAGUAAUAAUAAUGAUAAUUUAGGGCUUGUAUUGCACAAAUGAACAUGUGAGUAAGAGAUGCGUUACAUAAUAAUCCCAGUGGCCAUAAACGAAAACAUGUCAAAAGUUGAGGUAGUGCUUUCUGGUUGUAUUCCUCAACAGAUAUACAGAGUCUGCUGUCGGUGGUGACAAGUCUGUUGGCAUUUGCCCUCUUUUCAAAUAAGGAAUACGAAAAGGCACUGGAAAUACUGAGGGGCAAAGAAAAUACUCAUGAUGUUGGUUUUCAUGAUCUCUAUCUCAAAGGUUUGGAGUCUCGGUGUAUUAAUUUAAAGUCAAAAUGCAAUUAACUAAAAAAAAAAAAAAGAUGUGUAUUAGGCAGUUGAAAGACUCUUUUCCUUGUCUAUAACCGUCAUAUGAUUGGAGAGUACAGCACAGGGGCUUAAGUACUAGUGAUUUUGUUGUUAUGUACGAUUCCAGGACACAUUCUCUAUGAACAAAAUCAAGUGGACAGUGCACUGACAUGCUUUCAGGAGUGUUUAUCUAUCUCACAAGAACAGAACAGAGCUGCGACUUUGAAUAUGCUAGGGUGCUGCUGUGCAGUCAAGGUAGAUGUUUUAAGUAAAAGAUCGAAUUGACAUGAAAUAUGCGCUCUUUAGUCUGGUGGUUUAGGGGCUGGACUCCACAAGGAGUGCUCCCGGGGCCAAGGCCUGGUCAUGUCAUUCUUCGGAAAAACAAAUUCUCGAACUAACAUCAUUAGAAUCAUAUGGCAGACAGUCAGGAGAAUUAUACUAAUCAGAUAUUAGGAGUGAAAGAAUUAAAAUACCUCCAGAUUUUCAUGUGUCACCUUUGAGCUAAGAUGUGAGGGCGUCUAGCCAAUGUGAGAUUUUGAUUCCUCUUACCCUGAUGUUGUCGUUUAACAAUUCAUUGUUAUCUUUAUAUCUUUCAAAGGGUAAACAUCACACUGCGGUAGCGAAGUUCAAGGAUGCCCUGGAACAUGAUUUCCAGCAGCUAGAGGCUCUUUUUAACAUUUCUCUUCAAUAUCAAAAGAUGGACAAGUUUGAAGCGCAAAUAAAAGCUCUUGAACUUUUAAAAGAGGUAUGUUUAAAAUUUUAAAAAAAUUUUACUAUUUGUGUUUCCUUAUGCCAGAGCAGACAUAACUGCACUGGAGAGUGAAGUGUUAAAACAGCUAGCUUGCGAGCUGCCCUCGCUCUUAGCGCUGCAGGACGUGUGUUUCUCCGCCUUACGGAAAGAUCUGUGAAAAGCCGGGGAGAACUCGCUUUGCCGGAGAUCUGCAAACCUCUCGCCGCCUGGCUGGCUUUGCUUCUUAAGGCCUCAAACUUUUCGACGAAGAAAUGUUUGUUUAAAUAUAAAAUCUUAACGGUAGUAAAAUGACAUUUUCAACUCAGUCAAUGGAACCAAAUUAUAUCUCAGCAAAUCAGAUGCAAAACUAAAAAUAAUCGCGACUUGGUCACUGGCGUUUCCUUGUGCCUUAAGAAGUUUUCUUGUUUACACAUGGAGUUCUCAAUGGCCAGUGACAAAGUUAACCUUUGUUUUGAUUUGGUUUGGUUUUCGACACUUAAUUGAAAACUGCUCCAUCGUGGAAGGGAAAUUUAUAAGCGUAUUCUCUAUCUAUAUUUGUUUGUAUUUUUAGGUCAUCAAGGCUAGAGGGAGUGAGCCACAGACUUGCCAACACCUUGUAGUAAGUCCUCGAGAUCACAGUAGAGAACACAGUAAAGGUAACCUAGGUAAGGGCUUUAGUACUUUCACUCCAAACAUCUAAAUAUCUAUUCUUCUUACUGUCUUCUAUGAUUCAACUAACUAAGCCUACUACUCUUUGGUUCAUUAAAUACACAAUUCUUUUGAAAUUUUGUUCCUCUAGAUGUGGAAUUAUCCGUUCCUCCAAGAUUUUCCUUGGGCAGUUCGGAGUCAAGUGCUCGCAUGUCAAAAGAAUUGGUUACUUACAUACUAGCGAAAAGAUAUUCAGAAUUAGGAAGGUUUGAGGGAUUUUCUAAAUAAUCUGAUUUUCCAAGAAGUCUGAAAUUCAUUUUUCGUUUAUAGACGGCAUUUAUUGUCACAAUAUAUCAUUAUCGUUAUUAGAUAUAAUUUUCCGUAGCUGGACGUCAUUUAUCGUCACUAAAUAUUUUUACCUUCUCUACACGUUAUUUGCCUUCGCUUGACAUUAUUAAUGAUCAUUACAUGUUAUUUCCCGUCAGUAUACGUUGUUUAUCAUCGUUUGCGAUCCUGUACCGCCACUAGACAUUAUUAAUCGUCGGUACCUAUCAUUUUUCGUUUGUAGACAUCAUGUGCCGUCUCUAGACAUUAUUUACCCACACUACACGUUAUUUGCCUUCGCUAAACAUCAUUUACUGUUACUUCAUGUUAUCGAUCGCCGCUCAACGUCAUUUUCCGUCUUUACAUGUUACUUACCGUCGUUAGACGUCUUCACCUUUACUAGGAAUCAUUUAUCGACAGCACACAUUUUCUGUCACUUGACAUAAUUCACAGUCAUCAGACAACUUCUCGUCACUCGGCAAAAUUUACCUUUACCUCAAUCUGUCGGUUUUACUUGGUUAAUCAACACCAACGUACCCACAGUCCUCGUAUGAAAGCAACUUCCUCGUGCGUUUUUAUGGUCAACAGUAUCUAAAUACAUACAUAUCUUUUGCUAGGUUCGAGGAAGCAGCGACGAACUUUCUGGAGUUGCUGGUCAAUAUUGUAGAAGUGCGCACCUCCAACUUUGUAAGAAUGUCAUAAAUUUCUCGUUCUCACUGAUAUUUUUGUUUGAAAUGCGUCAGUUUUAAACCAGCUUAUUUAUUCCGUCACAUUUUCAGCCUCAAGCUCUUAAAAAUGGUAUAAUCUCGGUUCUCAUCUCCUUAUUUCGCAAAUGUUUCAGUGUUUUCAGAUUUAGGCAUGCCCAGUUCUAGUUAAAAAUACGAUCAACAAUCAUUGUAACACUUCUUCAUUCUUAGCGGCCGAACGUCCAAAAUCUCCCCAGUCCUACCGAGUUGUAUAAAAAAUGUGCAUUUGCGCUGUCUAAAGCUGGGAGACAUGAAGACGCGGUGACAAUUUGUGAUAAAGUUCUUACUUCUAUCGAGCUUGGAGAACCUACUGAAAAAGGUAUGUAAUUGGUGAAUUGGGCUUGUGAUAGGUUUUCUCUGCAAAAGAGGUUUACUGAGACAGACAAAUAUGACAAGUGUUACCUUUACAAUUUUCAUUUCCAACUGCACCCAUGUCAGUAUUUGGAGAUCUUUCGCCUACAUAAUUUCAUCUUCGUCACUGCACUUUGAAAAUAACGAACUGGUCUUCCGCCGACCAGUUGUGGCUAGAGAAAAUGUUUUGUUUAUUUGAAGUGACUCAUAUUUUCGAUUUAUGAUAGCUAGCAGCUUUAAGCCCGAACUGUGUGUACUUUGUAAAAACUUUCUUUGUCUACUCCCCUCUAAUUCCAGUGUCUGCUUCUAGGAGCUAUCAGAGGCACUGCCAGCCUGUACUCCACCCCAACCCCACCCCUGAAUGAAAGUUUGUCCGUCACAGGUUACUCCAGGAAUUGACUCUACUUUGUUUUUGCCUUCAAAGGUCACAACGAUGAAAUAAGAGUCAACGAUAAAGCUCCUAAGAAAAGGCUGCGAUCAGAUGACGGGGAAGAUUAUUUGAGCACCUUCAAUAGCGAAACGGUGUCUAACAACAUACAAAUGCUUAUGUUGAAAUCAGAGUCAUUGGUUCAUCUUCAAAAACCACUAGAGGCCUUGCAGUCUCUCAACAGGUAUUGUGAAUUCUUCUUUAAACGUAUGCGACGUAAUUAUAUUUCGUCUUGCUUCGAUGCAGCGUACUUGGAGAAAACAGUCAAGUUUUAGUGACCGUGAACUACAUUAAGUAGAAGAACUGAAGGGAGACAUCUACCGUGAGUGAAAGUGAUCUUCGCAGUAAUGUGCACUACUUGGGCAGUAGUGAAAGUAAGGCCUGAAAAAAAUUCAGGCCCGUACGGGAUUUGAACCCAUGACCUCUGCGAUACCGGUGCAGCGCUCUACCAACUGAGCUAACAAGCCAACUGAGAGCUGGUCAUUAUGUUGGUUCCAAAUAAACCCGUGAAGUGAUGAAUAAACAGUUAAGAAUAUAUGAAAGUCACUAUUUUCACUACUGCCCAAGUAGUGCACAUUAUUACGAGGAUCACUUUCACUCACGUCUUUAUCCGUAGUUCAAAUAAACGACUUUCAUAUAUUCUUAACUGUUGAGACAUCUACCGUUAAAUCGUUGUCUAGGCCUCCAGGCCCAUUCUUUAGGCACUCUCAAAACCACAUACGGUAUGACAGAUUAUCAUGAUGAUGCGCCGAAGAACGUCAUGAACCAAUUAGAAGAACCUUUGGUAACAAGUGUUGGAUGUUUGCGAAUAGUUUCUGAUGUUAUUAAUUGCUGAUAAAACAAAAAUUAUCCUGACGGGUUAGACAGGGUCCACAAGCAUUUUAUUCUUAGGAGCAAUCACAGAACUCUGCCAUAGAAAGAAAAGCUUCUCAUCUAACUUGUGCAAUACACUUGCCAAAAUCAUCUUAGGGUACUGGUCGCACUGGAAGAUGUCCAGUUAGUAAAAAAUCAAGAAAGAAUCCAAGGCCACAGGGAUAAUGAUGGACAACAGAGGAAAAGGAGAAAGCUCGACUGCGGUAAGUUGAUAAGACUUGCUGCAAAAAUACGGGACGCGGUAAGUGCCAACUGAACUGAAGUCGUUCAUGUAUCUCACGUUUGACGUGCAGUUGAGUGUGAAGUAAUCUAAGAACCUCUGUUGGUCGACAGAGUGAUAGUUGUUGAGUCUGUUGAAUGUAUAUGAUCCUACUUAAGUUUUCAGCGAAACCUUUUCUGUUAAGCCUUUGAAUUUUUUUUCUUUUAUCUCUUAAAAGGAGACGAUGUUUCGUGUGAGGAGCAAAGCGAAACUGACAACUCAAGAAGGCCUGCUAGAGUAAAGGUGAGUAUACAAUAUUUGUUUAGCAAGGUGAGUCAAACUUUAUUCGUAGAAGGUAACUAUUUGGCGUCAUUUAGGUUAACAUUGACUUUGCCUCCCUGGACAACUACAAACGGCAAAAUAAUGGUUUGUUAAAGGUGCCUUUCAGAAAUUCGAAUACACAAUAGCACAGGCCUGCAUGCUUGACACGCGCAUGAAAAACUCGCGGAAAGCAAAGUUAAUUAGAAUGUUUGAGUUCGCUUAUUGCCCGCCUAUUCUAGUUUUUUCUCGUUACUUUUGAUUGCUUUUGUUUGCAUCAUUUCUCAUAAAAUAUAUUGUACGAAUCUGUCGUGGUAAUAUGCCAGAUCAUGAAAGAAUUUAAAUGUUUGUGUCAGAUAUGUAGUGCCACUAUUUGGAACGUGCGAUCGACCUACUGCCUGCCUGCCUGUCUUUAUGUUACUGUGUGUGUUUUCUUUCCUUUCAGGUCCAAGCGUACAAUCAGAAGGCUUCUAUUCUAGAUGAACUGGGUCAGACCCAUGAUGCCUUGCAUCAGUUGCAUCUCAGUUUGGAGUGUUUAGCAGGUAUUUUGUAUAACCAGCAUCAGGUGUGACGUUAAGUGUUUACUUUUGGCCUUUGCUCGAACGGUAAUGAGAAUAUGUGGGUGGCCCAUCAACACUCUUUGGUAAACAUAGGCAUUGAUGGAGUGAAUAAUAAUGGCUUCACAAAUGGCGUCAGCUCUGAUCAGAGUCUCACGAGCACCGUACUUCCCCAUAUUGAACCGCUAUAAACGUUCAGUACUUUAAAAGAAAAGUUAAGUGCAUAUUGCAGAGCUGGAGAGGGAAAGUCUGCUAUACUGAUGAGGCCUGGUAAAGCUAAAACGGUUCUCCGUGGCUGUUAAAAUCAUGAUUGAUUUUGAUUUUGAUUUCGUUCUUGGGCUAGAGACGGCCCUGAGUCUCGAACAUGAACGCCUCAUUGCGUGUUUUGUGGUUGCAGCUAACCAACCCCAAUAAGAGCGCUAUUCGAUUGAGUGUCGGCAUGGAACAGAGAGCAUAGUAACUUCCUUUCCUUUGAAAGGAAAGGAAAAUUUGAACGUAGACUAAAUACGUUUAAACGGCCGCGGGAAAUUGCAAGAAACAAGGUCGCGACUUUUCCUUAUUAGUCACAGAGCGCAGUAAAGGAAAAGCAAUACAAUCACGGAUUUCUUUCAAAACUCAAUUGAAAAAUGCUCUAACUUUCCCACACUACAACUUUCCUUAUUCUUUCAAUUCGUUAGAACAUCCUGAGACAGUUUAUAAGCAUACGCGGUUGCUCCUGAAGCUUGGUUCAAACAAAGAAGCAGCACACAACUGGCUUCAAUUCCGAGGUGUCCUUCUUCACUCGCACAAAGGGGACCUGGAUUCCCUUUGGAAAGUACUCCGGUAAGCUUUUCGCUCCUGAAUCCUUUGAUUAUUUUAUCCAGCAAGGGUACGAAAUUGAAGAGUGAGUCCGUUGCGUAGUGUACUGAUUGUUUAAGAGGAAGAGAUGGGACAGAGGUUUUUCCUUUAAACGAAUUGUCGAUAAUACUGGUUUUCAUGUGUUGGGCAAAUCAUAGACGAUCGAGGAUUUCACUGGUUCACGACCGUCUCAGAUUUGUCCGACAAAUGAAAACUCCGAAACCGUAGAGAUCCCCGAUUGUCUGGGAUGGUCGGCGACAAAUCGGGAACGUUACUAUUUUCCCGACGCGUCCCAGAUUUCUGUGAUGAUCGGCGAUCACUUCAAACUUCAAUUUUUGCCGUUGGGGACGUUUUAGCUCGCAACCAGUCCUCUAGUUGCCUAGCUCUAGUACCCCCGUGUGACAAAUAAAAUUUAAUAUCCAAAGAAUCUUGGACAAACAUCUGACCAUCUCUUGAAAUAUCAGCAAAAUCUGGGUCGGUCGAGAAACAGUGAUAAAUGAAUAACAAAAAAUUUUUUGUUUUUCAACAGUUCAUCAACAACAAAGUUUCUGGAAAGUGACGUCAGCAACGAGCAAGUCCGAGAACUAGACGAGUUGAUCUUGAAUUGGUUGAGCGAGAAUAAAGAGCAAAAUGUCUUUUAUCCACAUGCCAAGGUUUAAAACUCUAUUCGAGCGAAUGUUUUCAUAGAUUUAAGAAACGUUCAGUUACGUCGUCAACAAAUAUGCCAUCUUCUAGCGUUGAAGAUUAUACCAAAUUUGAUGGAUUGCUGUCAGGGCUACAGUGCAUUUUGAACCAAAGAUAAAGUUUAAGCCCGUUCUACAAGUCCUUCUGUAGGAUUUGCACGUCUCAGUGGUUCAUAAAGAAUGAGAGACAGUGUUUCCGUUUACCACGAAGAGUAGUUAUGCUGUUGAGUGUUUGUUAUCGUUUCUGUUGUGAUAACUCAAAUUAUUUUAUUAGUACAAAGGCGAUACAAGACCCAAUAAAAAUCAUAACUUCAAACUUGUGUUCUGCCGAGGGUUUUAACAAUCAUGAUAUAAGAAACAUUAUCAAAGUCUUUCUUUGUAUAGGAAUUUUGAUUACUUGGCAAAUUUUACGUAUCAUAAACAGCCCAAUCAGAAUUCAUGAAAGAUCGCCUCUUUCUCGGAAUCCUAAAUUCCGAGAAUGUGAUUGAGUUUCCUAGAAACGUGAGUAACGCAGGAGCCCGUUACUUUGGUAAUGGGCUCCUGACUGACGUCAAUGUUUAAUAUACCUCGAUAACCAAUCAGCUUGCAGAUUAAUCGCUUCACAGUAAGGUCAUUCUGUCAUGUAACUUGUUUUCCGCUCUAGAGUGAAAACUUUCUCAGAAAUCUGUCGUCUGUUUCGCGUAGUUAGUAGUUAACAUUUGGUUUGGUUGAAAGUCAACAACUAAAGGAAUUAGGCAGGCUGCCGCAUUAAGCUCUAAUUUCGUCACUGCAAGGUUUACGAUAUUAGCAGGUUGAACGUUCAUGGCUAGUUUCAACUUCAGCUCGAGAGAUGAUCAUUAUCAUCAACUAAGCGCACAAAUUCAGCAAAAGUUUCAGGAUAAUCGUCAAACGAGUGAAGUAUUUGAUCGGAAGAAUCGAUGGAGAAAGGAAAUUGAAGACUUAGUGAAGACGCUUUACCCGUCGUGUCGACUCGUUCUUUCCGGCUCGUCCACAAACGGGUUUGGCAGCAUUCAUAGUGAUAUCGACCUGGUUUUGUGCUUUGAAGGGGCAGCAGUGACUGGACCUUCCAUGUUGAGGAGAAUAGAGUCGCUUUUUGCGAGUAACCGUCGUCGUUUUCAAACAGAGGUAGUACCACACCUUAUGUGAGUUGCAUAAUUUUUAUAAAUAAUACGAGCAAUGAGGAAAAUAUCCGCUCGUAUAAUGCUUAAAACCAUGAGGUAAGGGACUUGUUAUUCCCCUGCCAUUUCAUUUUAUAAUAUUUUGACUUCCAGUUUUUUUUAAAUACAUACGGUCUAAUCUUGUGCACUGUAUGGAUCACAUAACGCGUGUGCGAAAGACGAAGGCAACACAAACGAAACCAUUAAGAGUUCUUGAUGACUUAUAAAAGAAACUGUUGCCCCUAAUAGCUCCAUGCACAAAAUUUCGAGCCUAAAACACGGAAACAAAUAAAAGAUUGAAUCGUUUAGCCGGGGGCCAUUUUGUUACUCCGCUUUCAGUCCGCAUUUUUGCCCCGUGCCAUCGCAUAUUUUGCGGGUUCUAUGGUCCUUAUUUGGUGAAAUGGUGUAACUGUCGAAGAGUAUGUAAUAGUAUUUGAGCACAGCUUGAAUGUCCGCGACUACGACAAUCAGAUUCCUACGUAAGAUAUGCAUGACAAACUAGUAUGUCGUGUCUUUUCCCGCGUUUUGAAACACUUUAGAUUAUGAUUUAAUUUUUUGUUUGUGGGUUUCCUCUAUAAAGCAUCAAAAAUGACUCGGGGGGGAGAUCAAAGAAAAAAACUGGUUCUUCUCUUUCGUCAUAUUGAUCAGAAUUUUUAAUUCGAAGCUUCCUCAAAGUGUCUUUCACUUCGAUUUCUACCGAUCCCGAGGUUAGAUUGUGCUUUAACCUUCAACCUAAUUGGCAUACGCAAGAGAAUAUCAAAAGUUGAAGUUCUCUCGGCAAACGCUGUAAUUUUUAUUAAAGCCAAUUUCAAGAUGGUGUCAGCGCCGAGUGAGAGAUAUUUUUGAUUGAAAAAAAAAAACUAGACAAGUAAACAUUUGAUAUGCAGCAGUAAAUUUUUUUAAAGUCAACUUUGAAUUUUGAACAAUCCCCAGGUGAUUCCAAACGCACGAGUUCCUAUCAUCAAGCUCAAAGAUAGGGAGAAAUCAUUUGAAACUGAUAUCAGUGUGGAAAAUUGGACCAGCGUGAGAAACGCCUUCGUUCUAAAAUGUUACUCCGAGUGUGACACAAGGGUGAGACCGCUGGUUAUGGUCAUCAAACUGUGGGCUCAACGGGCAGGAAUCACCGAUGCAAGACUCAAAAGACUUGCAGGUACGAAAUCUGCCGAUUGUUAAAAAAGUGGCGGAUUUGAGGUUGAAUAAAGGGGGUUAAUUUCUAGAGAAAAUUUAGUGCUGCGUGGGGGGGAUCUGUCAAGACAAUUUGGUGUCAUCAACCGAGUUGACAUUAUAAACUGGCCACCGUAAAGAGUUUCUUUUGCUAACGCUUGCAACGUCAGCUAUUAAACUCUUAACGGUGGUCAAUUUACAUUAUCAACGCAGUUGAUAAAACCACAUGAUCUGAUGAAAGGUUGACUAGUUUGACUCGUUUACAAGCUCAAUAAUACAAAUAAAAAAAAAGUCCCUUCAUUUUAGUUUAGUUAUAUGUAGCUUUUCACAUAUCACGAUGCGAGUAACAUAUGACUGACUCUUACAAGACAGGCAGACAUGUAAAGCUUGUAACUUAGACCAAAACGCGUAAGAGAGAGAAAAAUGAAAAUUUACAGAAACUAAACAGGAAAAAAGUAUAAACUGGUCUACCUCUGAGCUGCUAGGAUCUCCUUUAAUAUGUCGAUUCUUCUUAAUAUUUAGGUUUCGCCGUGGUUCUUUUGGUAAUCCAUUAUCUUCAAGCAGGAUGCUCCCCUGCUGUUGUGCCUGCCUUGCAACAAAUGUUCCCUGCGGUCUUCCAAGCUUCUAACAGUGUGAUCAUCGACAAGCUUACCUCAGAUAUUCCUGCUGAAAUUCAAGCCUUCAGUUCCGAUAACAAGCAGAGUCUUGGCGAGCUUCUGGUUGGCUUCUUCCAGUACUUCUCCACCUUUAACUGGAGUAGAACCAUGUCGAUUCGUUCUGGAAAUACCCGACCGACUUCGACGUACGACAAGAUAUGGCGGGGACCUUACAUUCGCCUGGAAGAUCCCUCUGAUGGGGGUAACGUCACCAGAUCCGUGUAUGAUUCCUACGAGUUCUCACGCAUAAAGAGUGCGUUCAGUAGCGCUCUCUCGAAGUUGAGAAGCAAUCCGUCUUUGGAAGAAAUCUUGUAG